AUGGAUGUUUUGGCCUUUUUGGAUGAAGGGUCAUCCUCUACACUCGUGGAGGAGUUUGUGGUUAACGAACUUAACGUGCAAGGAAUUCGCGAACCGUUAGAAGUAACUUGGACAGGCAACGUCAAGCGCUUCGAAAAUCAAUCCCAAAGGGUGGAUUUUAAAGUCUCGGUAAGAGGAUCACGCGAGAUACUAUCGUUGAAGGACGCGCGCACGGUAGCAAUGCUGAAGCUGCCAAAACAAGCCAUGCAUUACGAGGAAAUCGCAGAUCGAUACUCUCAUUUAAGAGAUCUACCGAUAAUUAAUUAUGCCGCAGAGGAACCUCGUAUCAUAAUAGGGUUGGACAAUCUAGAUUUAUUUGCUCCUAUAGAAUCUCGAAUAGGUGAGCCUGACCAACCGAUUGCCGUUAGAUCAAAACUUGGGUGGACUAUCUACGGCCCAGGAAAUACUACUCUGGGUGUAGCGGAAAGCUAUGUUAACGUGCAUUCUGUUGAACCGACGAGUAACGAAGAACUAUUUGAAAUGUUGCGAACGCAAUAUUUACUCGAGGACACCGGUACUGCUUGCAUGACAGCACCAGAAUCUGCUGAAAACCAACGAGCGCGUGAAAUUCUUCAAGCAACAACAAUACGAAUAGGCGAUAAAUUCGAGACGGGUUUGCUCUGGCGUGAAGACGAAAGACAGUUUCCAGACAGUUAUCCUAUGGCUAUUCGACGAAUGAAGGCGCUGGAGAGAAAACUUGAAAAUAAUCCUGAACUCAAACAAAACGUCCAUCAACAAAUAGUUGAGUACUUAGCUAAGGACUACGCGCAUAAAGCUACAGAGGAGGAAUUGGCUAACACCAAGAAAAACGAAAUUUGGUACCUUCCGUUGAAUGUAGUGCUAAAUCCUAGGAAACCAAACAAAGUCCGUCUGGUGUGGGAUGCAGCUGCCACGGUAAAUGGAGUUUCCCUAAACACUGAAUUACUAAAGGGACCGGAUAUGCUGAAGUCCCUGCCAUCGGUGCUCAAUCAGUUUCGACAAUAUCGAAUUGCAUUUGGCGGAGACAUCCAAGAAAUGUACCAUCAGUUGCGCAUACGAGAGGCAGAUAAGCAAGCUCUGCGGUUCCUGUUCCGGUUUAAUCCUGCGGAUGCUCCGAGUAUAUACGUCAUGGACGUGGCUACGUUCGGGGCUAGCUGCUCCCCCUGUUCAGCGCAAUUUAUAAAAAACUUGAACGCAGCUGAUUUUUCUAAGGAGUUUCCUAGUGCUUCGUCUGCAGUUGUGAACAAACAUUAUGUGGAUGAUUAUUAUGACAGUGUCGACUCAGUCGACGAAGCAAUAACGCUGGCAAACCAGGUGAAGCUUAUACACUCUCGUGGAGGAUUCCACAUCAGGAACUGGGUUUCCAACUCCCCACAGUUCCUUGACGCAAUGGGUGAAGAAAAGCUGAAUCCUGCUGUUCACUUCAAUAUAGACAAGAAUACGCAUACCGAGCGUGUUCUGGGUAUUGUGUGGGACCCGAAAGAGGACGUUUUCCUGUUUUCCACCGCCGGACGAGAGGGAUACCAAGCAGUUCUACAUGGAAUGGAAAUACCUACAAAAAGGAUCGUAUUAAGUUGUGUUAUGGCGAUGUUCGAUCCGCAAGGCUUGCUUUCUCCGUUUACUGUGUUUGGGCGCAUGUUGAUCCAAGAUUUAUGGAGAACCGGAUGUGAUUGGGAUGAAGAAAUUGAUGAUGUGUCAUUCCAGAAAUGGAUUCGCUGGACGAAGGUACUGCCAAUGAUAGAAACGAUCAGAAUUCCUCGGAGUUAUUUCGGAAAUGCUACUAUGGAUCAAGUUGAGAACUUGCAGCUGCACAUUGUGUCCGACGCUAGCAAAGGCGCAUAUGGUUGCACGGCAUAUUUUCGCGCUGUAGUGGACGGAUGCGUUAAGUGUGUACUAGUAUCGAGUCGAGUGAAAGUAGCACCGUUGAAGCCGAUGUCAGUCCCACGACUUGAGUUGCAAGCGGCAGUUCUUGGAGCCAGGGUGGCUUCAGUAGUGAAAGAUAGUCAUUCGUUGGUGAUCAAUCAGCAGUUUUUCUGGACAGACUCUACGACUGUGCUCUCGUGGAUAAGGUCGGAUCAACGCAAGUAUAAAGAGUUUGUUGGUCUUCGUAUCGGCGAAAUUCUUACGCGAACAAAUCUGUCCGAGUGGCGUUGGGUCCCGACCAGAAUGAACGUUGCAGAUCAGCUGACUAAGUGGACAAAAGAUCCGGAAAUAAAUUCAACUAGCAGCUGGUUCACCGGGCCGGGAUUCCUGCAAUUACCAGAAGAAGAUUGGCCGAAACAGAAGUUACCACAACCAGGUACAGACGCGGAGCUGAAAGCGCACCUAUUUGUUCACGAUGUGCACCUACCAACACCUGUAAUAGCAAUAAACAGGAUUUCGAAAUGGACUAUUCUGGUGCGAACAAUGGCCUGUGUGUUUCGCUUUGUUUCAAAUUGCAGAAAAAAGAUACGUGGCGCACCAUUAGAUACGCUGAGAUCUACGGAAAUUCAGGCGCAAAGGAUUAUUCCAACCAAUCAUCCUAAAACGCGAAUGCCAUUGAAGUAA